UCAAUCUCUAAAGCCAGCAAAAAGAAGCAUUCAAGUGAACAACUAUUAGAAGUUAGUGAAUAAAAGUUGCUUGCUCCUUUCUUUCCAUCCCCAUAAAGGAAACCCACUACAAACACAUACCUUUCCUCUCUUUCAAUCCUACCCUCGUCUUUUUUACCAAGUUUCGCAUCCCCAUCUCCUUAAUCACCAAGAAAAUGAAACCCAUUAGUUUUAAGAGCUCUCCUACAUAUUUCAUUGCAACAUCAUUACCUUCUAUCACCUAUUCUUAAAGAGACUCCAUACAUCCACCAAGUCUUUGUGCUUUUGCCUGUGAGAAAGAGAGAGAUGGGUGCUGAUUGGGGACCAGUUAUUAUAGCAGUUGCUCUGUUUAUUCUGCUAUCACCAGGGCUAUUAUUCCAGCUACCAGCAAGGACAAGGGUGAUAGAGUUUGGCAACAUGAAUACAAGUGGAAUUGCCAUUCUCAUUCAUGCUGUAAUUUAUUUUUGCAUUAUUACUAUUUUGAUUGUUGCUAUUGGUAUUCAUAUACAUGUCAAUUGAUUUCACACAGUAAAUGCCUUAGGUUCCUUUUUGUAUUUUCUUCCCUUUUUUUUUAACACAUACAUGGGUUUCUUGUAUGGUGGCUCCCAAAAGCAGAGAGAAAUAUGCUCUUAUUCUAAGAGGAAAGUUCCUUUCUUUUUCAGUCUAUUUAGUUCAUUAACAUGAUAACCUUAAACACUAUUUUCUUUA